AUGGGAGGCAAGGGAAGCAAGGGCAAGGACGAAGCUGGGUCUGGCUCACGCGGGCCUCGGUUGCUGACCGAAUUGGACCCCGGGGCGGAGGUGGAGGUGGUGAGCCAGCUGUCCGCGCUCGCCCUCCUCAAACAGGAGCUCGCCCAGCUGCAGGCGGCAGCAGAGGAGGUGCAGGCCGACCCGAGCACCAACAAGAAAAGUAAAAAGAAGAAGAACCCUUCGCUGCCCGCGAGCGGCCAGCAGCAGCGCCUGGCCACGCUGUCGCGCUACAUUGGGACGUGGGCUGACGUGGCCCGAAAGCUGGAGGACAAAGUUCCCUCCGCCGCCCAACAAGAGAGCUCCCACUUCGCACGCAUGCCGCCCGAGCUCGUCUGCGAGGUCCUCUCCUUCCUGGACUACGAGUCGCUGCUGGCGUUUGGGCAGACGAGCGUGUGGAGCUACGGCGCGGUGCACCACUCGAGCGGUGCCCUUGUGUCGGCCAAGCUGGUGGACCACGUACACGCCGCCCGCGGCCCGGGCCUGGCCCACCUCCUCGGGCCGCUACCGCUAGAGGCCCCGCCCACCGCCGCCCGCCGGAUCGCUUACAGCAGCGCCAGCAGCGCCAGCAGCCUCAGCGCAUCGGUCUCCGACGUCAGCUCCGGUAGCGACGACGAAGACGGCGGCGACGCGGCGGCGGCCAAGGGCGGCGAGCCGCAGGCGGCCGAGACGCCAUCGCGAGCGGCGAUUGCAGCGCGUCUGUUGGUGGUGCCCGCGCUGCGGGACAAGGGCGCUUGGCUCACCCCGCGCGACGCGGAGAUGUUCGAGGACGUGUUCGAGCCACGCGUGAGCCAAAACAUGAAGGCCUUCGCCUCCGUGCGCACCUUCCGCAUCCCCACAGCCCUCUACGCCUUCCGAGGCGGCGUGGGGGCAGCGAUCGCGGAAGGACUGGCGAAUGUCGAGGUGCAGCUGGCGAGCAACCGCAACGUGUGCCUCAACAGCGAUGCGUGGACCCACCGUCCACUCCGAUUCGGUCCCGAGCUCGUGCCCAUCUCCUCGAUCGAGCAGUUCGACGAAAUGUUUCAGAGCUUGCGAGAGGUCAGGUGGCGCUCGACCGAGUUGGUAGCGCUGAACCUGCCCAGUGCCGGCGACGCGCUCAAGGCCGUGGCUCGAUUGGCAGGCAGCCACGAGCUGCUCAUGUGGAAGGACACCCAGUUCAAGGCACGCACCACCUUCGUCGGGAGCGGCCUCGGUGGCCACCGGUUCCUGGUGGUGGGCGGCGGUCAGGCGACCGUGGUGCAGUGGGAGUACUACAGCAACUUCUGUGGUGGACCCUACGCCACCUACAGCUGCGGCAUGGGCUGA